UUGGCGACGAAAGGGGUGGCGUUCAAAAUGCCACUUUCUUUUCUGGAACCUUGCGCCGACCGGGGCGGUUGGCUGAAAACGAACCCCCCGUCUGUUUGUGUGUUUCUGCGCAGAGCGAAAUACACGCGUGCGAACAAUGCGAAGAUGGGCGAAUUCUGGGGUGUGAGGUAUACUCAGGAAAUGAACUGCGGCAACGGGACGAGGCUUGUUUUCUGUCCUGAAUAGCACGGCUGCAGUUUCGACCCACGCAUGGUCUGUAAUUGUGACGUGCGAAAUAGUUUAGUUGGGUUUGGACAUGUGUACAAGGCGUGACGUGUCUAAGACAUCUAUUUCGGGGAUGGGGGAUAGUCGGAGAUUGACGUGAGUCACCCCCGAUCGAUUUUUUUUUUUCGGGGCGUGCUGUAGGCAUACAAGCAUACGUAUGGGUGUGGCAGUAUCGCGUGCACGACAUGAGUUCUGGUGUCAAGGAUUGUUUUUUUUGCACUAAAGCGCUUUUUUGUUUUGUUUUGCGUGUGUUGUUGUAGUCGCAACAUGAAACAGGAUGACUCGUACGCGCGUGCGUUGCGUAACUAAAAAAAACUGAGGUGUACGGGGUGAGAAGCGGCCGACUUCAAUAUCCCUGCAGUGGAGGCCACUGCCAGCACGUUGGUCACCAUUCAUGCAAGCUCCCACAAUAUGUUUUGCUCACCUGCACACGAACAAAAAACCGAUGUCCCAAAUGGACAUUUCAUUAGUCCCAGCACCCACAAGAUCCAACGGUUGUCCUACAUGAUGCCGCCACGCGUUUUCAGCUAUCUGCUCGUACUCACGAACGUCAUCCUCCUGGAAACAACCUAAAACCAAGCCGCCACUAACACCCGACUCGGCGUUAUUGUUCGAGAAAUCAAACAUCCCCGGCAACUGUUCCUCGUCGCUGUCGCUGUCACUAUCUUCGCCCAUGUCUACAAGUCCUCCUUCAGCUGAACGAUCUUCCUGCAUCUCACUUUCUUCCGUCUCUUCCUCGCGGCAUUUAAGCUUGCACUUGCACAACUCUGAGCAAUGGCCAAAACCUUUAGUGAUGCACACGCAACUUGUGCAGUGCCCCCCUCGCUUCCUCUUCGCGUUUGAACACACGCACUUCACGGUUUCAAAUCCACCCGGCCAGAUGGUGACCUUAGGGAACCUGCGCAUCAACAUCAUACAACCACCUUCAACCUCCGUUUUCUCAAUGUACCCCAUCCCGUCCCAUUUGGGAACUUGAAUGGGGUACCU